AUGUCUUCAACACCACCAGAACCCGAGAAUAGAACUUCAACAGCAGCAGCACCAGGAGCUCGACAUUCAACAAUCUCAAGGGAACCAAUGCAAUCCCGUAAUUCUAUAUUCAACCAUGUACACGCUACAUCACACAAUUUAGCAUAUAAGGAAACAGAUAGUGGCAGUGGGGGACGAGGCCAAAAUCAUCCAAGUGAACUGGAAAGAGGUGAAGGUGGCGGUAAUCAUAUACAUAACAGACAAAGUAUAUUAAGCCGUGACGAACGAAAAUCCAUGGAAUCCAAAAAACGUUCAUUAAAAAGAAAAAAAAGUUCAAAGGAACAAUCAACUGAAAAAAAGCGUAAAGAAUGGCCAACCUGUUGGAUAAUUUAUUGCUAUGCUGUGACAUUUUACGCUCCUCCUUUUAUUCUUAGUGCAUGUGGUCGAAUGAAGACACAAGAAAUUCAACGUGCAUGGCGAGAAAAGAUCGGUUUGAUCACUGUUAUUUUUUUAAUAUGUGCAUUUGUGGCAUUCCUAACUUUUGGAUUUACACAAGUGAUUUGUGGCGCUCCUCCAACUCGUGUGAGAGGUGGUAAAGUUUUUAAUGAUCAUGCAAUAAUAAAUGGGUUUGCCUACGAUCUAUCAAAAUAUAAGGGACAUCCUGGUGUACCUUUUUAUGAUCCGCCAAUACCUCCAAACGUCGAGCUUGCAUAUGCACCCGUGAAUGCAGGUGGAAAAGACAUUUCGUUCUUAUUUCAAAACGUGAAUAAAAAAUGCCAAGGAGUCAUCACACUUAAACCAGAUGCAGAUGCACCAUCUCAAAACGGACUAGUUGGAUGGUAUUUCCCUUGUGUAAUGGUCGACCAAGACGGAUCUUCACAACCACUUGAGAAAUGGAGUCCUCCUCGUCGUGGUGCGGGUUGUCAUACUAGUGCUCUGGCACGAGAUGCGUAUUCCAGAUUGAAAAAAGCUGGAGAAAUAUUUUAUACUUGGGAAGAAGUUGCUAAGCCAAAUCGCAAUCUGGCCGUGUAUAAUGGUUAUGUACUUGAUUUGGAUAAAUUAAAAUUCCUUGAUCUUCAACAAGUUAAUGUUCCAGGAGUUUUCCAUAAUUUGACCAAUUCAAAUAACAAGUUUCGUGGUCGUGAUUCUUCUCUUACGUUUUUGAAUACGGGAAACAAAAGAAUCGCUGACUGCCUCGCUGAUGUGAUAAAAAUCGGCUCUAUUGAUACAAAAACUAUGGGCUGUAUUGCUUCCGACAUUGUUUUGUAUAUUUCACUCACUUUUAUCGUAGGUGUUGUGUUGAUAAAAUUCGUAUUGGCUGUCAUUUUUGGGUGGUGUUUAUCUUGGAGAUUAGGCUCUUUCAAACUUGAAUCAUAUGAGGAAAGAAUGAAGCGUGCAACCGAAAUUGAAGCAUGGUCCGAGGAUAUUAAUAAGCCGGCAAAAUUGCCAAAUCGUAAAUCUCGUUAUUUUCCAAAGUCGUCUCGUUUUUCAACGGCUUAUAAUCCAACUAGUCAAAAUAAUCCAAAUAGACCAAUUAGCAAUUUUGGUCCAGCGGGUAAUCUUGGAGCCUAUAAUAGUGGUCGUCGCUCUCCUUUAACAAAACCUGCUGGAACUUCGAAUGCGUUCCUUCAUCCAAACGGAGGAACUACACCACGCAUAUCACCCAAUGGAUCACCGGGUACUAGUCCAACGUUAAAGCCAACUCGCUCAAAUUCCCCGGUACGACAAAUACCACCUUCUCCAGUAACUGAUACCGCCAAAAAUACAAGUUCAAGUUCACUGACUUUUGCUAAUAAUGAAGGAUUUUCAGUAGCAAAUUCAUUAGCUACAGGAAGUAAAGAAUCUCUUGGAAAUUGUCCUUUCCCUAGCUCUAAUGUAGUGCAACAACCAUCACCCGACUAUCAACCCUGGGAUUUUCCACUAGCUCAUACAAUUUGUUUAAUCACGGCCUAUUCAGAGUCGGAACAAGGACUUCGAAGUACAUUAGAUUCAGUGGCCACAACGGAUUAUCCAAAUUCUCAUAAAUUAAUUCUAGUAAUUGCUGAUGGUAUUAUAACCGGAGGUGGUAAUGCACAAUCAACACCAGACAUUUUACUCUCUCUCAUGCAUGAGUUUGUGGUGCCACCUGAAGAAGUUGUAGCUAAUUCCUAUGUUGCGAUUGCUGAUGGAACUAAACGUCAUAAUAUGGCGAAAGUAUACGCUGGUUUUUACAAAUAUGAUGAUAAAGUCCAAGUUAGCAAGCAACAACGUGUUCCAAUGGUUGUGGUGGUUAAAUGUGGUGCCACAGAAGAACAAAAUCUCCCUAAACCUGGGAAUCGAGGAAAACGUGAUUCUCAAAUUAUCUUGAUGAGCUUUUUACAAAAAGUGAUGUUUGAUGAACGUAUGACAUCAUUUGAAUAUGAAUUUUUCAAUUCGAUAUGGCAAGUGACUGGUGUUACACCCGACAAAUACGAGAUUGCGUUAAUGGUGGAUGCCGACACUAAAGUAUAUCCAGAUUCUCUUUCACGUAUGAUUUCUUGCAUGACACGUGAUUAUGAUAUUAUGGGUCUUUGCGGAGAAACUAAAAUUGCAAACAAGACCGAUAGUUUUUGGACAAUGAUUCAGGUGUUUGAAUAUUAUAUUUCACAUCAUCAAAGCAAGGCUUUUGAAUCUAUAUUUGGUGGUGUAACUUGUCUACCAGGAUGUUUUUGUAUGUAUCGAAUCAAAGCACCGAAAAGAGAUGGAUAUUGGGUACCAAUUUUAGCUGCUCAAGAUAUCGUUGAACAUUACUCCGAGAACAUUGUUGAUACCUUGCAUAAGAAAAAUCUUUAUUUGCUUGGUGAAGAUCGUUUCUUAACAACUUUAAUGCUUCGCACUUUUCCCAAAAGAAAAAUGAUAUUCGUUCCACAAGCGGUUUGUAAAACUAUUGUUCCCGAUUCAUUCAGAGUCUUACUUUCACAGCGUCGUCGGUGGAUUAAUUCCACUGUGCAUAAUUUAAUGGAAUUAGUGUUGGUUAGAGAUCUGUGUGGGACAUUUUGCUUUUCCAUGCAAUUUGUCAUAUUCAUGGAACUGGUUGGUACAGUAGUGCUGCCGGCUGCUAUCAGUUUCACUAUUUACCUUGUUAUAAUUUCCUUCUUUAUAAAACCCCCUCCAAUCAUCCCGUUAAUGUUGCUUGCGGCAAUCCUGGGAUUACCCGCCAUUUUAAUUCUCAUGACUUCCCGAAAGAUUGUUUACGUAGGAUGGAUGUUAAUUUACUUGUUCUCAUUACCUAUUUGGAAUUUCCUCUUACCAGUUUAUGCCUACUGGCAUUUUGACGAUUUUACUUGGGGCGCGACUCGCCAAGUCCAAGGUGACAAAGGAAAAGGUGACCAUUCGGCGAAAGACGGAGAGUUCGAUAGCUCCAAGAUUGUAAUGAAACGAUGGGUUGAAUUUGAACGAGAACGUCGAUUCAGGGAGGCGAUAGUCAAAGGACUACCACCACCACAAUUUUUGGAGGACUCGAACAUGGGUAUGCUGCGCAAGAGUCAAUACAGCAUGGCAGAUUCUUUUGAAUCAAUGAGCACAAAUGAAAGUUCAAUGCCACUGACUAAAGGUGCUGAUCGGUCUCGUGAUACCAUUUCUAAUACAGAACUGGAUUCCGAAGACAUGUCCCACGAAGGUUCUCCGGUUGACGAAGUUCAAGAAAAAGACUCGUUCAUGUAUUUAAAGGAUACCGGAAGUAAAGUUGAAGGUGAUACUAUACCUGUAGGUUUACAACAUCAUGCGCAACAAAGAAUUCGUCAAUCAGUUUCCAAUUUUUUACCAACAUCACCAUCACCAUCUUCAAAUCGGCAGUCACGCUAUCGUCAGGACGGUGGUGGGUCUCCUCGUCAUGGAUCUCCACGAUCUUCAUCGCGUGAUACAUAUUACGCACAACAAACAGCACGAGAAGCAGCCGCAAGACAAAACUCCCGUGAUUCAGUAUUUGAUCAACAGCCACCACGUCCUCCAUUUUCUCAACAUGAUCGAUCUCAACGAGAAAGAAGAGGCUCACGCGAACAUUCACGCUCUAGUUCACUUGAAAUUUCUACAUCGGCUG